AUGAGUAGCGAGCGGAUACUGAAGUUCAGCAUGUUAAUGGGUGUCCUCAAGAGCUAUGGCCAAGGCACAGACAAUACUUACUUUUCCCACGAGAUGCCCAUGGUGCCGGUUAUUUUAGAGUCCGGCGUUGCUCGUGGAAAGGACACGAGGGAGAGUCAAGUGUUCGCCCUCGUCAAGGCUGAAGCACUGGAGGGUGCAAGGUGGCGUCUGCUGGGCAAGGCUGCGAAUGACGGAAUGGUGAACAACAAAGUGGGUCCCGUCAGGGAACAAUCAGUGUGGGGAAAGUAA